CUGUGGUGAAACAUAUGACAGAUAACAAAUUAUCUCUUGCUUUCCUCAUCCUUAAAUAUUUUCAGCUUUUUAGUAAGAAAUAACAUAAAAAGGGAAGGAAACGUGUUUCAUUGGGACCAUGCCCUUCAGGGUUACAUAGUGAGAGAUAAAAAAAAUAGGAAGUUUUGUUUUUCUUCUCUCACUAGUAAUCGCAGGUUCAGAUUUUCUAAAAGUGCUUCAGUCAGUGGAUCAUGGCAGAGACAGGACACUUUGUGGUGCUUUUCUUGGUUCUGGGAAUCCAACACACUUUAUGUGCCAAUGACCUGUCUCUCACUGCACCACAUUCAGCAGAGGGUGUAAAAGGUGAUGCUGUGAACUUACCAUGCACCUAUACACCUUCUGACCUGUAUACGGAAACUGAGGUGCUCUGGUACUUUGAAUCUCAAAACAUCUUCCAUCGGAUACAUUCUGAAGAUUCUGUGAUGCUUAGUAAAUUCCAAAACAGAGUUGUGGUGAGUACUAAGCCUGGAGAUGUGUCAUUAACUCUCAGGAAACUCACAGUGUUUGACAGAGGUGCAUAUAUAUGUAAAGUCAUCUGGACAUCAACAAAUGGGGAGAGGCUGAUUCAGGAAGAAACUAUUACACUUAAUGUUCAAAAAGAAAGAAAACAUGUUGCAGCUACUGAGAUUGCCAUUACCGAACAACCCGUAGCCAACACAGAGACCUCACAGGAUGCAGGUGUCCCAACUGUCCAAAAGUUCAGGACCACAAAAAGCAGUAAAAUGUUCAGCACAGCACAGACAAGCACAAGUACUCAGGUUAUCCAUACAACAGGGCUAGUUACUACAACAGAUGUGUUAAUAGUCAACAAGUUCAGAACCACAGCGAUCAGCAAAGGACCAACAAGCACAAGUAGUCAGGUCACCUAUACAACAGAACCAUUUAACAACAUGCCAGGAAACAGUGCUGCGGCAACAGGUUCUACAUUGUCAUUAUACAUCCUACUGCUGAUUGCAGGAAUCUGCGCCCUCUCCAUUGUUAUUUUAAUUAUUGUCUUCCUCGUUAGACAGAAAAGGAAGCACGAUAACAACUACCAGCUUCCAACGAUGAACCAAUUGAUGGCCAUAUAUGAUGGAAGCCCUACUUUCCCUGUGGCUGGAUGUCAGUCUAACAUUGCUCAAACACCACUGAGGAUGGAGAAUGAUUACCACCCAGAGCCUUGUCUUAACAAUGGGGUAGGAACAUUUAGUGGUGACUAUGAGGCCAUCCAGCGUUCUAAAGAAGGGGAAUAUGAACUGCUUAUAACAGAAAGACCAGAAACUGGUGAAACCCCUCAGCUAUAGAGGCCUCUAUAAAGAAAACUUUGAAAUGAAGCUUUAUCCUCCUCUCUCUACUCCUGGAUACAAGAAAAUAAAAAAAACACUUCUAUGAAUAUUUUCACGUCUAAAGCAGGAAAAACAACUUCCAAGUACAAUAUUUAAAAUGGCUAUGUAUAUGUCUCUUACUUAAUCUAUGCUAAUAAUACUGAAGUAGAUGGAAUACUUCAUUUGGAAAUUGAGACAAUUAGGAUGACAGUUGAUAUUUUGAAGUAUAUUCAUGAUAGAUAUGUUUUGUCAUUAAUGUUAUUAUUUUUUACUUUUUUGUUUCUAAAAAUGCAUAAACCAAUAAAUAACUACAAGUGAAAA